CAUGACUCGCGCUAAUUCAACGACAACUGGAUGAGGGAGUGAGGGAGAUUUCUGGAUUUCGGAAAUCCGUUCUCCAUGUCUUGACGCUCUUCAAUAGGUGCUCCAAAAUGGGUACCCUUUCCAAGGCCGAUGAGGCCAUCCUGAAAGCGCAACUGCAGGACGCCGUCAUCUCCUGCAAUGACCGUUGUCUCUAUCAAUCCGCGAAAUGGGCUGCCGAACUGCUCAAUUCUCUCCCCUCCGCUGAUGACGACGGUUCUGCGACCGACAUCGAUUCGCCCAUGUCUGAUGAGCCUAUACCCCCUCGUACGCCUGUCGGAUCGGGACGGAAUGACCCAGUCGAAUCGAAUCUUGAAGCACGCGAAGCGCACAAGUACCUGCUCGCGAAAUCAUACUUUGACUGCAGAGAAUAUGAUCGCUGUGCCGCGGUUUUCCUUGCCGGCAAUAUACCAAGGGACUUUGAAAUGCCCACGUCAACGCCUCUGGCAACAGCGAGACCAUCAAGCAAAGGAAAAGCCAAAAUGGGUACCCCUACAAAGGCAAAAGUGUCGUAUGACCCCUUACGGCGUUUGAGCCAGAAGGCCCUCUUUUUAGCCUUGUAUGCGAAGUAUCUGGCCGGCGAGAAGAAGAUGAACGAGCAAAGUGAGAUGAUACUGGGGCCAGCGGAUGGAGCUGCUGCGCACAACAAGGAGUUGCCUGGAAUAUCAGCCAUUCUUCAAGAAUGGUUUGCCAACGUCCCAUCUUCGGGAAGGGAGUCGCAGGGCUGGUUAGAAUACCUUUACGGCAUCAUUCUUGCGAGAGGCAGGAAUGACAAGCAAGCUUUGGAGUAUUUCAUCAAGAGCGUGCACCUAUACCAGUACAAUUGGGGUGCGUGGCAGGAGUUAUGCAACUUGAUAGGUACUCUAGAGGAGCUCACAGCGGUCGUGCCACGCUUGCCUCGAAAUCUCAUGACCUUCAUUUUUCACGUGUACGCCUCGCAGGAACUUUAUCAAGCGACGGAGCAGAUCCAUGGACAACUCUCUCAGAUUCUCAGUUGCUUCCCAUCUUCAGCAUUCCUCAAGACACAGCAAGCGUUGCUGCAUUAUCACGCCAAGAAUUUCGAUGAGGCGGAGCAGAUAUUUUCGGACCUCCUAGUUUCCGACCCUUACCGUAUCGAUGGCUUGGACUCCUACUCGAACAUUUUGUACGUCAUGGGCAUGAGGCCAAAGCUAGCUUUCCUGGCCCAGGUCGCUACCGCAACCGACAAGUUCCGUCCGGAGACAUGCUGCGUUGUAGGAAACUAUUACUCUCUGAAGUUAGAACACGAAAAGGCCAUAAUGUAUUUCCGGCGUGCUUUAACCCUUAAUCGGAGCUUCCUCUCUGCUUGGACGCUCAUGGGACACGAGUGGAUAGAAAAACAUAAUACGCACGCCGCUAUCGAGUCGUAUCGACGAGCAGUGGACAUCAACCGGAAAGACUACCGUGCAUGGUACGGGCUGGGUCAGACGUACGAAUAUCUCGACUUGCACUCAUACGCACUCUUUUACUACCAGCGAGCCGCUGCUCUUCGACCUUACGAUCCUAAGCUCUGGAUGGCUGUUGGCCAGUGCUUCGGCCGGGUUGGAAAAUACGCAAACGGAAUUCGCGCUUACAAACGUGCUUUAGUCGCCGGAUCCUACGUUGACAAUCCAGAGGCCAGCCUUGUCAGUGGAGAAGGAUCAAGCCUUGGAGGAGGAGUCCUCGAUCCCGAGGUCCUCUAUCAGAUAGCCCUGUUUUACGAGCGUCUUGAGGACAUGCCCGAAUGUGCUGCAUACAUGGAAAUGGUGCUGGCACAAGAAGAAGGGCCAGAAUAUGAAGAGGGCAGCGGGGAGGCGAGCGGCGGUGUUGGUGUGACUGCAACAACCAGUAAGGCAAGACUAUGGCUAGCGCGCUGGGAAUUCAUAAGAGGGAUGUACCAGCGGUCAAUGGAGCUAGCAAACGAGCUGUGCCAGGACGGUGUGGAGGUUGAAGAGGCUAAAGCUCUCGUGAGGGAUAUCAGGGCUCGGAUAGAGAGCGAAAGGAAUGAAGGGCGAACAUGAAGAUCUAGUUGAUGUAUUGGCACGAGGAUAGAGAGGUCUUGUUUCGGCUUAUUGCAUCGGAGGCGCUUAGGUAUGAUACCCAUCCAAUUGAUUGCUCCUUCAAAUCACUACGGUGUUUCUUCACGUACAAUGAC